AUUAAGGUUAAUACUUGCAACUUUGCAAGUCAACUCGUGAGUAUGGGGUUUGAAGUUGCAGAAAAAUAAAACAUAACAUUUGUUUGUUGUUAAACAUGAAAUGCUUGUUUAGUUCAUUUUUCCAUGACUGUAAUCUCUCAUAAUAUAAAAUGUCUUCCAAAAGUGAACUAAAGAAAUUAUCAGAAGAGAGCUUAACUCGCCAACCUGAAGAAGUUUUUGAUAUAAUAUGCAAGUUAGGUGAGGGAUCAUAUGGGAGUGUAUAUAAGGCACUCCACAAAGAAUCUGGCCAAGUAUUAGCAAUAAAACAAGUACCUGUGGAUACAGAUCUUCAAGAAAUAAUCAAAGAAAUCUCAAUCAUGCAACAAUGUGACAGUCCAUUUGUAGUUAAGUACUAUGGAAGUUACUUCAAAAACACUGAUCUUUGGAUUGUUAUGGAAUAUUGUGGUGCUGGGUCUGUAUCUGACAUAAUGAGACUUCGCAAAAAAACAUUGACUGAAGAUGAAAUUGCCACAAUUUUAUCUGAUACUCUGAAGGGACUAGAAUAUUUACAUUUGAGAAGAAAGAUCCACAGAGAUAUUAAAGCUGGGAAUAUUUUAUUGAAUUCUGAAGGGCAUGCCAAGUUAGCUGAUUUUGGUGUGGCUGGACAAUUGACUGAUACCAUGGCCAAAAGAAAUACUGUGAUUGGGACUCCAUUUUGGAUGGCACCAGAAGUAAUUCAAGAAAUAGGUUAUGACUGUGUUGCUGAUAUCUGGAGUCUUGGAAUUACUGCCUUAGAAAUGGCUGAGGGGAAACCACCCUAUGGAGAUAUUCAUCCUAUGAGGGCUAUCUUCAUGAUACCAACAAAACCACCUCCUUCUUUCAGAGAACCUGACAAGUGGAGCACAGAGUUUAUAGAUUUUGUCAAUGUUUGCCUAGUAAAGAAUCCAGAAGAACGUGCUAUAGCAACUGAACUAUUGUCACAUGAGUUCAUAGGAAAUGCCAAAGCACCUAGCCUUCUGAGCACUAUGAUACAGGAAGCUCAUGAAAUAAGGGAAAAUCAAAGUUACAAGAAUAUGAAUUCAGUGGCAAAUAUGCAGGGGCUCAAUAAGAAUAUCACUGAGGAAUCUGAUGAUGAAGUGGCCUUAGGUAACCAAACCAUGGUGCAAUGUACAGAUGAUGGAACAUUGGUACCUAAUAAAGCUGGUACACUUGUACCGACUUCUCCUAGUGGAACAUUGGUAGAGCUUGAAUCAGAAUUGGGAACCAUGGUCAUCAAUAGUGAUGUAGAUGAUCAAACGAUGAAGAGGCAUGACACUGGUUCCAGUCAGGGAGGGAACAAAUAUCGGCCAAUGUUUUUGGACCAUUUUGACAAAAAAGAUGCAGAAGUUAAGCAGGGUAAUGGUGUUUCAAGCCCCAUAACAUUGGAGAAUCAAGAUGUUACUAUUGAUGAACAACAAAAUCACAAGAGCCACAUUCAGGUACAGGUUACCCAAGUACCUCCACCACAAACACCAGAACAAAAACCACAGUACAAUCAAUCAUUUUCGGAUGGAGAUUUUGAAUUUUUGAAAUACUUGAGUUUCGAAGAACUGCAACAAAGAAUGAAUACUCUAGACUCUGACAUGGAGAGAGAGAUAGACGAACUGCGCAAAAAAUAUCAAAUCAAACGACAACCAAUCCUGGAUGCAAUGGAUACAAAGAGGAAGAGAUCGCAAAACUUUUGAAUGUAGUACAUCAGUGCUGCAAUGGGGUGCUCAAAAAGUUACGUUUUAUUCAUUUUUAUACCCACUUGCCAUGUUAGAUUCUUUUAUUUGAUCUUAUGUUUGAGCAGCGCAGUGUCUCAGCAAUGUAUGACAAAUUGUUGUAUGGAUGCUUGAUAAGGACCAUAUUGAUUCUAUAUCUGGAGGUUUUGUGAUCUAUGAUGGUAUUCAUGAUGAAAUGGGAUUUGCAGAUUCCCAUGAAUCCUCAGUUUCUCAUUACUUAGUUGCCAUCUUCAGCAACUAAUUUGUGGAAUAUAUUUUGUGGUCAUUUGUGUUAUAAUGGCUAUUCAAAGGAGUCCCAUCUGAAAGUAGAAUAAAUUAUGUUGUAAAUGUCAUAUGAAUAGUAGGUAUUGAUUUUAAAGUACCUAUGAUGAUGCUAUAUUUUAUUGUUUGAUUUAGUCAGUUUCUGAUUGGUUUAAUUUGCAAGAGAUUUCAUCUUUUGAAAUUGACACAAAAUUCAAUAUUUGAAUCUCUUGAACACUUUAAUAGUUUGUCAUCUGAAUAUUAUGGAUAUGGAUUCAUGGUAAUCUGCAGACUCUUUCAUUUGAAAAAUAAUACUCUUUACUGUGCUGCCUUAAUUUUCUUUCAACAAAAUAAAAAGAACUCAAGCAUUC